UUUCUUCAUCCCAAAAAAAAAAAAAAAAAACAAACCGGAGAAUUACACAGGAAGGAUCAGCAAGCUCUGGAGCGUCGUUGUUCAUCAUUGAAGCUUUGAAGAUUCAAAUUCUUUUUUUUUGUUCAUCGUAGAUCUCGCGUUCUGAAUUGGUUUUGGUGGGAUUGAGAUCACUCUAAUCUUAUUUCCGCUGAGCGUUUCUUGAUAUCUCAAGACUCGGUUCUGAGAUGAAAGUGGUGUAGCAUUUUUCAACGGCUCCAAGAAAAUGAGUUCAACUGCUUCAAGUCCCCAAAGAGUCCUGCAACCAGGUGGUUAUAAUGGUAAUGACUCUCGAAGUAGCAGCACUUCUAGUUCCUUUCUGCGUCCAGAGUUAGAAUCAACUGAAACCGAAGAAGCAGAGCUAGUUUCUGUGUCUUGGAACCAGGACUCCAGUUGUUUCGCUGCUGGAACAAGUCAUGGUUUCCGCAUAUACAACUGUGAGCCUUUCAAAGAAACUUUCAGACGCGACCUGAAGAACGGUGGUUUCAAAAUCGUUGAGAUGCUUUUCCGGAGCAACAUCUUGGCCCUUGUUGGCGGUGGACCUAACUCUCAGUACCCUUCGACCAAAGUACUGAUCUGGGAUGAUCACCAGAGCCGCUGCAUCAGUGAAUUUUCUUUUAGGUCUGAGAUUCGUGCGGUGAAGUUAAGUAGGGAUUGGAUUGUUGUUGUUCUUGAGCAUAAGAUAUAUGUCUACAGUUUCGUGGACCUGAGACUUCUUCUUCAGAUUGAAACGUAUGCAAAUCCGAGAGGAUUGUGCUGCCUUUCUCAUGACUCGGAUACAUCUGUGCUGGCUUGCCCUGGUUUACUUCGAGGAGAGAUUCGAGUUGAACAUUUUGGGCUUAACAUGGUGCAAACCAUAAAUGCACAUGACGCCAGUAUUGCGUGCAUGACCUUGACGCUUGAUGGUCUGUUGCUGGCAACUGCUAGUACAAAGGGGACACUGAUUAGAAUCUUCAACACAAUGGACGGAACUCGUUUGCAAGAGGUAAGAAGAGGAGUGGACAGAGCAGAUAUUUAUAGCAUUGCACUUUCACCAAACGUGCAGUGGCUGGCAGUAUCAAGCGACAAGGGGACUGUUCAUAUUUUCUCUCUUAGAGUUAGGGUAGUUGGGGAGGAUUCUCAAUCCAGUGAAAAUGCAGCUCUCCUGACACAAGGAACUUAUUCUAAUUCUCUGCAAGGCCUUGUUUCUCCACCCACUGGUACCAAUCCUGGUUCCUCUCUGUCAUUUAUGAGAGGUGUUCUACCAAAGUAUUUCAGCUCGGAGUGGUCAUUUGCACAGUUCCAUGUAUCAGAAGUCACACAAUUCUUCGCUGCAUUUGGCAGUCACAACACAGUUGCUAUCACCGGCAUGGAUGGAAGUUUCUACAGAUGCAGCUUUGAUCCUGUGAAUGGGGGAGAGAUGGUGCAGCUUGAACAUAUCCACUUUCUAAAGACUGAUAACCGCCCAAGAUAGUCAAAUUCAUUUAAACCUUUGUACAUAACCAUGUCUAUGUAAAUAGAUUUGGUUGAGACUGCAUAAGAUUUGAUUCAUUGAAUAUCUGCUACUUCGAGUGAAGGACCUGCAUUAUAUUGAUUGGGACUAUGUAAAUAGCUACAUAUCAAGAUUUAUACAUAGCUACAAUGUUUUAGA